AUGUCCUCUACGAAAAGAGAUUUCGCUUUUCACCCGACACUCUGGGCCUAUGAUGUCGGUCGCAACGGUCGAAGAAUCCGUCUGGUUAUUCGCAUCCGCCGCACAAAUGACAGCCAGCAUUCCUUCCCAAUACUUGACGAUACCAACGAGGACGAUAGUAGCACAGGAAUUACUUGGUCGCCAAAUGAGCUCAAUAUUCAUGACCCGCCCGCAGACAUCGACGAACUAGCCGUUGUUGUUGGUGAACUUCUCCCAGAAAAGGCUAUAGGUAAACGUGUUGCGCGUAUGCCCACGCCAAAACAACGCGCCGAUUUCGACGAGGAAAAGCAUCAAAUAGUACCUACUUGUCAAAAUACACAAAUAAUUGUUUGGAAAUUCGAAGCUCAAGGGGAUAACCUUACACUACUAUGGGGCAAGAGCGGCAAUACUCGCCGAACACGUCAGCUUCCUGAAAAUGCCUACGAUCGGAUGGUCUUUUAUAAUGAGUGGACGGUGGCCCAUUCCACCCAACAGGGAGAUUGUCUGACCCAGUGGCGAGAUAUGAUAUACCGGUUCGCAAGAGGCUGGAUAGUGGAGAAUCGAGCGAUGAACCAACAAAUAUCGCCAGCUAGAAUUAAGCAGCCGCCAAAAGAGAAGACGAAGCCGAAACCGAAACCAAAAUUGAACCCGAAAUCGAAUCCGACGGCAGAAGAUGCGAGCCCCGAUGCAAUAGAAGAACAUCUUCAAACUCUUCGGAACAUAGCACUAUAUAAAGCAACCAAGAAUCUGACAUACCUGACUAGAAGUAUGGAGGGGAUCAAUGUCAUGCUUGGUAGAGCUCCCGAGAAACUGGAAUCUUCAGACGACGAAAGGCUUUUAAGAAAUCUCAUCAAUGGCCGGGAAGAGAUCUACAUAGAAGAAGCUCAAGAUGCGGCACGCGCUUGCAAGAGAUUGUGGUUUGGGGGAUAUCAGGAGGUCCAACGUUACGACAUUAAAGCAAGCCAGUUGUUCUUAUUAGCAUGUGGCCUCCGUAAUCUCGAUGUACCCGACUUAAUCGAGGAACGCCUUUAUCGAGCGUUCGUGAUCGAAUUCUGUCUCGAAGCGGACCGGCGAAAUCUAGAAGUUCCCGCGGGCGACGGCUCAGAGCAGUUCGAGACCCGGAAUGAAGAGGUAGCUGCAGCAAUACAGCAUGCACAUCGUGCUGCGUUAUUGGUUAUGGGGAACUCACCUCCUCUAAUGCCUAAAUGUGAUACGGAAACCCUUGCCAAACCAGCUGGUGAGCUUUUAGCUAUGAUGAAGAUGGAUGCAUUUUAUAUGCAACAUAUCAUCGACGCCAUUGAUAAACAACUUGAGGCCGAUGAUAGGGAAUUUGGAGGACGGCUCGUUUCUGGAACGACUAAGCGAGAAACUAAUUAUGAGGCAAUUCUCAAGCAGAUAUCCGAAGCCGGAGACAUCAAUGUAGCAAGGGAGGCCGCGGAAGAUCUUACGCGUCUUAUAUGCGUAAGAUUUCAGCGUCCAGUACUAGAGAAUCGCGACCUCUUGAAGAGAAAUCUUUGUCGGAUCAAAGCAAACAUCGCCGACCUGGAAAACGCGCGCGUGGACUUUUCUAGACGUUGA